CUUCCUCCCUCUGUCAUUUCACCAUCGCCAGCACCACCACCCCCCGAUCUGGCUCCUCCAUGCGCGCCGCCAGCCCAGCCAAACCCAGAUAAGGUGGGACAGGGCCUGAUGCCACUCUGUCGCAUGGUCCGCCUCUGAUAUAUCCUCGCCGCACGAUCCACCUCCUUCGUCGAGCCUGUCUCCUGCAACCCCCCCCGUCGCCACCCAGCCGUCACCCAUCGUCGCGUGCCAGUCGACAAUCGCUGGCCCGUCUCCAUCAUGGCUCGACGACGCCAGGCGGAGAUCGACUCCGACACUCUGUCACAAAGCAUGUCCUCCUCAACGAGGAAAGACUCGAACGAAAAGCAAAGCACCGUCGACGUCGAAGUCAGCGAUGCAGAGCGCAUCUUCGAAGAUGAGCUCAACGUUACUGAAGACGACCUUCGCAAGGCGAAGGAGUUCGCCGACACCAUUGAUCUCGAAACCACAAAAAAGAUGAUGGAAAAUGUAAUGAAGAUUCACGAACGAGACCCCAACUUUCCUUUUGCCGUACUCGUGAGGAUACACGAGUUUCUUAGCAACGAAGACGUCUUUGAGCGCCCAGAGAAGCAUGAGGAGUUGAUUUGGGAAAUGAAGCUUGAGGCCGCCCUCAUCACCAACAACAGCCCCUAUGCCGAAGUGCGGGCAGUCGUCUCCAACGAGGACGAUGUCGACAUGCCCAGCUCAACGAUACGCAUGUGGACCAUCGGCAUCUUCUUCUCCAUCUUCCUCGCGUUCAUCAACCAGCUGUUCUCGAUCCGUCAACCUCAGAUCUUUGUCGAGUCCAACGUCGCGCAGCUGCUAGCGUACCCGGUCGGCAAGGCCUGGGAGAAGUUCCUACCGGACUGGGGUUUCACGCUCUGGGGCAUUCGGCACAGCCUCAACCCUGGCCCUUUCAACAAGAAGGAGCACAUGCUGAUUGCCAUCAUGGCCACGACGUCCAAGUCUCUGCCUUACUCUCAGUACAUUGUCUGGACUCAGGUGAUGCCCCACUGGUUCAACCAGCAGUGGGCUCGCAGCUUCGGCUACCAAAUCCUCAUCGCACUGUCGACAAACUUUCUCGGCUACGGUCUUGCCGGCCUGACUCGGAGGUUUCUUGUGUACCCAUCGUACUGUGUGUGGCCAGCGACACUCGUCACGGUUGCGCUCAAUUCCGCUCUGCACAAUGAAUCCAACUUCCCCGUGCCCGGCCCGCUCCGGAAGAUCUUCACCAUGUCGCGUUUCCGCUUCUUCAUGCUCGCUUUCUGCGCCAUGUUCGCCUACUUCUGGUUGCCGAAUUGGCUCGUGCCGGUCAUGACCGCCUUUUCUUGGAUGACGUGGAUUGCGCCAAAGAACCGGGACCUCAACAUCUUGACCGGUUUCAACAACGGCAUGGGCCUGCUCAAUUUCUGGCCUACAUGGGACUGGAACGUCCUCUUGUACACAGGAGUUGACCCUCUCAUGGUCCCUGCAUUUUCGACCUUCAACUCCGUGGCUGGUUCCUUCGUCCUUGGCUGGCUUGCCGUGGGCUUGUGGUACGCCAAUGUGUGGAACACGGGCUAUAUUCCAAUUGUCACCAACAAGAUGUACAACCACUUUGGCAAAAUCUACAAUGUUACCAUGGCUCUCAACGAACAGGGCCUCUACGACCACGACAAAUACAUGGCAUACUCGGCCGUGUACCUCAGCUCGGCUCAGAUCAUCGCGUACUUCUCGUUCUUUGCUGUGUAUGCCUCCACAGUCAUGUACGUCGCGCUGUUCCACCGCUACGAGAUUGCCAUGGGCGCAAAGAACUUGUGGAGGUCGUUCAGGAGGCGUGCCUCGCUCCAGGGCACCCUGGAGUCUGGAGACUACGAGGAUGUACACAACCGGCUGAUGAAAUCGUACCCUGAGGUUUCCGAGUACUGGUAUCUUGGUGUGCUUGCCAUUGCUGGAGCCACUGGCAUGGCCGGUGUGGCCUGCUACCCAACCUACACAACGGUGGGAGUUGUGCCAUAUGGCGUCAUGCUGUCCCUCAUUUUUGUCAUUCCGCUCGGCAUCAUCCGCGCCAUGACUGGUGUUGAGGUGACACUUAACGUCCUGGCUGAGUUCAUUGGCGGCAUGUGGGUGGAGGGCAAUGCUUUGGCUAUGAACUUCUUCAAAUCGUUUGGUUACGUGACGUGUGCACACGCCAUUUCGUUCUCCAACGACUUGAAGCUGGCGCACUACCUCAAGAUUGCCCCCCGUCAGACGUUUGCCGCCCAGAUGGUGGCCACUCUCAUCUCGACCUUUGUCUGUGUCGGUGUCCUACAGUUUCAGAUGAACAUCCCGAAUGUCUGCACUGAUAAAGCGCCCAUGCGAUUCUUCUGCCCUAACCCGCAGACAUUCUACACGGCCUCUGUCCUCUGGGGCACCAUCGGCCCACUCAAGAUCUUUGGCGCCAACGGCCAGUACUCUUGGGCACUGCUUGGCUGGCCGAUUGGCUUCGCCGCUCCGCUCAUCUUCUACGCACUCAUUCGCAAGUUCCCGCGCAACCGCUUCAUCCGCCAGAUCCACCCGGUUGCCAUCUGGACCGGCGCCCUUAACUACUGCCCGUAUUCGUUCUCGUACAUGUGGCCAUCUGUCCCGAUCGCGUGGCUCUCAUGGAUUUACAUCCGUGGGCGGUACCUCGCCUUCUGGGCCAAGUACAACUUUGUCCUCUCGGCCGCCUUCUCCGCAGGAGUCGCCAUUGCGGGCAUCAUCAUGUUGUUCACGGUCCAGUGGUAUGGCAUCGACGUCAACUGGUGGGGCGCGACACAGGCGGAGGCUGGGUGCGAGGGCAAAGCAUGCCUACUCAAGUAUCUGAGCCAAGGCGAGCGGUUCUAUCCCUGGUGGGACGGGACAAGGGUGCCGGCGCCUUGAGUCAAUUACCGCUUGCGUUUGCUGCCUCACAUGUACAUCUGGGAACUUUUGGGUUUAUUUUCUUUCGAUAUAAAGCGUGGAAGAAUGGAGUUUAUGAAACACUGGGAUUUUGGUUUUUUCAAAGGAUACUCAUGUAAUUCCCGCUGGAAAUAGGGAUUGGGACAAGGACAGGGACAGUCCAGCAGAGGUGCUUCAACGACACACCAUGUGGCUACUUGCUGUGCAGACGGGAAGAAGGUCUAGCAAGAGUGAGGGGGAUAUUAGAAGAUAUAUCAUCAGUAGGGCGCUGUCAAGGUCUCCCACAGGUUGAGACUCGAUUGAAUGUAUUCAUGGAGAUGAAUUGUACUCCUCAAAGAGUUUGCACCUUU